AUGAACACCAUUGAUCCAAGAUUUUCUGUUUUGUCUCGACGUGUACUUUGUCGUGAAACAUUACCAACGGCUCUUGAACAAGUCAUGGUGAAAGUGCAACAAGCCUGUCCACAUACAGGUGACAAUUUACGUCGUCAACUCGAAGACGCUACUGCAACUUUCAAUAUCGAAGAAAAGCUUGUAAUACCGGGUUUUGAGGUUUAUUUCGAGGCGGAAGACGAUGAUGAUGAAACGGAUGCAGCCGAUUGUGAAGGAAAUGAUGAACAAAACCACAUGAAUGAUGAAGAAGAACGUCUCCGUAUGCCGUGCUUCUGCCACACUCUUCAACUUACAGUUGGUGAUGGUUUAAAAGAAUGUGACAAUGCAAAACCGGCUCUUGCUAAAGUUGCAGCGAUCGCAAAACUCAGGUGAGAUACUUAUUAAAACUUAUGAGCAGUGGAAAAUUUCUGUGAAUCAACGUUAUUUGCAGAGAAUCUGCAACGGGAGAACAUCAGUGUUCCAUUAGCUGUCAAGACACGUUGGAACUCACAACAUCAUACAAUAUGCAAAGUUCCUGAAAUCUCGCACACGUUGCUAAACGAUCUCCUACGCAAUGUUGGCCGCGCUGAUCUUGUUCUGACCACUCGUGACAUUAUCAUACUUCAAGAAUUUGCCAGUAUUUUCGCAUUAUUUGCCGAAGCCACGACGCGUACACAAAUCGAAAAAUCUGCCUCAAUUUCAUUAGUCGCACCAAGUAUUCUCUCGAUUUACUUUGAUCUCGAACACGAACAGACUAACUGCAAAUAUCUUGGAUCACUAUGUCGUACAGUUCUCAAUUCUCUACGCCAGCGUUUCGGCGGAUUACUUGAACGGUGCGAAGUUUUCGAUGAUAAUAUUAUGAAAAUGAAGAAACGUUCCACGUACGAUCUUUACAAAGACGAUCUUUAUUUGAUUGCUCCUUUUUUGGAUGGUCGUUUCAAGCUAAAAUGGGUGCUUGCGUUAGAUUUAUCCGAAUCGGUGAAGGAACAAAUCACAAACAUGAUCAAAAUGCUGGUUCUUAAAGCGGCAUUGCAGUUGUCUAGUAUAACAAAUAAUUCUUCGGAAUGCAUCAUCGAAUCGUCUGUUGCUGAUCGCCGCACAACUGAUGAUGACACAAUAAGCAACCUGCCAAGUUUCAAACGCAAACGACUGUUUUCUCGUUACGAAGGACAAAAAGCUCCGACGAAGAAGAAACGAUCAUGCGUCUCUGAAUCAAUUGAAGUUCAAAUCUUGAUGUUCGAAAAGGAGCAUAGCGAUGAUACUCGUCUAGUGUUUUUCAAGAAGGAUUCUUAUCCAUACUUGCACACCGACUUGCGACAAGAGUACUUUGUAUACCGGCUACUUCAGCUCCAGUUGAACGCGUCUUUUCUUCAAGUGGCAUACUCAUGCGUACUCAUCGUAGUCGACUCUCUAAGAGUAUGCUCUCAAUGCUAACUUUACUAAAAUGCAAUCGGCACUUGCUAUAGUUCAUUAGUCUUUUUUGUCAAUAUAAAUAAUCUUCAUAUUAUAAUCAAGCUAACUUACGUAUAUUGUCAAUUAGUUUGUUCUUUUCUUAUUCUAUAAUAUAUAUAUCUUGAAUUAAAGUGUAAAAUUCACGGAAGAUCAUCAAACUUUAAAAAAAUAGGAAAAAAACUUUUUUUGUCAUCGCGGAGUCGGAGCGGAGUCAGAUCGGAGCGCUUCGUAAGGACGGUCGAGCUGGAGCGGAGUCGGAGCGAGUGUUUUUCAGUGAGACUGGAGCUUGGAGCGGAGUCGAGCGGUUCGUAAUUAGCUGGAGCUGGAGCCAGAAAUGGUCGGAGCGGCCCAUCUCACGUUCAAUCGCCGGUAUGUAAAACAAAGUGUCACAUGUUCGCUUCUAACCUAUUUCUCUGUCUUUGUUUAAUUUAGACUAAUCCCGAUGUCGUCAGUAUAUAGCUUGGCAGACUAGUCAACGAUACUA